CAUGUUGGAUGCAGAACUUCAGCCCGCUUGGAGAUCUUCUCAGCCAGAACUCUAGGUUCUUGGUGUGAAAACAGAAGAUCCGACUUCAGAGUCAAACUGAAAGACUCAUCUCUCCUUCAAAUAAGAUUUAGUUUUGAUGUCAAAUAAUUAUGAAGCUCAAACCUGAUGUGAUUCUGAUUCUAUAUCAUUGAACCCGUCUUCCAGUGGUUGUGGUUCUGAUCCCAGUUGGGUCCAUGUUAUUGGUGGCUAUAAUAUUUCAGGUUGAAACAUCAGGUGAAAACUGACAGAUGAUAGAAAAUAACUGUAAACUGUCUGACUGGGAACCAGAGAUCUUCUACUGGGUCUAACCGGAUCUUCAGGAGGGCAGCAGAAAUGGAUUCCUGCUGGUUAAGUUCUGUGUCUUCGCUGCUGCCUGCAAACAGUUCCUGCCUGAAGGGGAACAGCAGCCAAAUGUGCAUAAAAUAAGUGGAACCAGCACCGAGCUGCUGACCCAACAUUUAUCCACAGAACGGACUCGAUGUUUGGAAAGUUGCUCUUGGAUAAAUUCAUGUUCAGGAUAUUAAAGAUCUUUGGAUUAGGUGGAACAUCUCAUAAAGGUUGCUAACGUUGCUCAUGUGAGUAAUAAGGUGACUGGAGUAUGAAACCACUGAUCGGAACCACAUGGUUCUAGAAGAAAGCUUUAUUCUGGGUGGUUUGGACCCAGGGGGAACAUCUGGGUGAUGGAUGGAGCAGGAGAGGUGAUUUAUUUAAACUGAUAAUAAACAUAAACUUUAAGAUGAAAUAAAAAUCACAUGUAUGUUUUCUAGAAGAACCUUACAUUUCUGAACACGUUCUAACAGAACCGGAGAGAUAAAAUGCAACGGACCCGUCACGGCUUCACUAGAAUCUUGUUUCUCUGAUUCUUAUCUGCAGCCUUGAAUCUGUUCGGAGGAAAGAUGAAAAAUGCUACAGAAAUAUUCAGACCGUUUCCAACAUUAUGAAAAAUCUUUUCCAAAAAGACCAAAUAUGACCUAAAUCUAAAGGUCCUCUCUUCUACUCCUUCACUUCAGUUUGGUGUUCUGAUCCAACUGGCACCUGAAGGCUCACAGAGUCAGUCUGACACCAAGCAGAGCAUUUGGUCCUGGUUCUAAACAUCCUGAUGAAGGUCCGGUUUGUCCUCUGUUGGUUGGGAUCAUCACGUUCCCGUCUUGAUUCUCUAACUCAUGAUCAGAAAUGUUUUUGGACUGAAGGAGCUCAGGAGGAACCAGACGUCCGUGAAGGCACCGUCCAGACAGGACCGUUUUGGUCCGUUUCAGCUGCUGCAGGAGUAACGUUCUUCUCUCUGCUGCAGUUCUGGGAGGAGAUCAGUGAUGAGCACGGCAUCGACGCUGCUGGAAACUAUGUGGGCGUCUCUCCUCUGCAGCUGGACAGGAUCAACGUCUACUACAACGAGGCGUCCUCACAUAAAUACGUCCCCCGGGCCGUGCUGGUGGACCUGGAGCCUGGAACGAUGGACAGCGUUCGCUCCGGAACCUUUGGACAGCUCUUCAGACCCGACAACUUCAUCUUCGGUCAGACAGGUGCUGGGAACAACUGGGCCAAAGGUCACUACACAGAGGGGGCGGAGCUUAUGGACUCGGUCCUGGAUGUAGUGAGGAAGGAGUGUGAGCACUGCGACUGUCUGCAGGGCUUCCAGUUGACCCACUCUUUGGGAGGUGGUACUGGUUCUGGAAUGGGCACCCUGCUGAUCAGUAAGAUCCGAGAGGAGUAUCCCGACCGCAUCAUGAACACUUACAGCGUCAUGCCCUCUCCUAAGGUUUCUGAUACGGUGGUGGAGCCGUACAACGCCACCCUCUCCGUCCACCAGCUGGUCGAGAACACCGACGAGACCUACUGCAUCGACAACGAGGCCCUUUACGACAUCUGCUUCCGCACCCUGAAACUCACCACUCCCACCUACGGAGACCUGAACCACCUGGUGUCGGCCACCAUGAGCGGCGUGACCACCUCGCUCCGUUUCCCUGGACAGCUCAACGCCGACCUCCGAAAGCUGGCAGUCAACAUGGUUCCCUUCCCGAGGCUGCACUUCUUCAUGCCGGGCUUCGCCCCUCUGACGGCCAGGGGCAGCCAGCAGUACCGCGCCCUCACCGUUCCCGAGCUUACCCAGCAGAUGUUCGACGCCCGGAACAUGAUGGCGGCCUGCGACCCCCGCCACGGCCGCUACCUGACUGUGGCCACGGUCUUCCGGGGGCCGAUGUCCAUGAAGGAGGUGGAUGAGCAGAUGCUGAACAUCCAGAACAAGAACAGCAGCUACUUCGUAGAGUGGAUCCCCAACAACGUGAAGGUGGCUGUGUGCGACAUCGCCCCCCGCGGGCUCAAGAUGGCCGCCACGUUUAUCGGGAACAGCACGGCCAUCCAGGAGCUCUUCAAGCGGAUCUCGGAGCAGUUCUCGGCCAUGUUCCGGCGGAAGGCCUUCCUGCACUGGUUCACAGGAGAAGGUAUGGAUGAGAUGGAGUUCACAGAGGCGGAGAGCAACAUGAAUGACCUGGUGUCUGAGUACCAGCAGUACCAGGACGCCACGGCCAACGAUGGAGACGAGAACUUUGAUGAUGAGGAAGAAGAGAUCCACGAUUAAGGACCAGAAAAUCCAGAACUGUUGGAGUGAAAUGUUGUGGAUUCAUGUUGGUCUAUUUGAUUUCAGGAAAUUAAGACCAAAACGUUACAGAAUAAAAUAAAUCUCACCUGUGA